CGGAUUUACGAGCCCGCUGUCGGUUUCUCGAGUUAGUUGGCCUACUUCUUUGUUGUUCCUGACGCGGGACUGUUUGAGGCGGUAGGUAAGGCCUUGUCCAACGAUAUUACACUGUUGAAAUUUUGAUAUUGGGAUUAAUUCAGGCAAAAAAUAUCAUCGUAAAACACACAUGCGGAUCUUCCUAAAAAUGAGCAUUACCAACUAGAAAUAACUGUAAGUAGGCCUAGUUCAUAUUGGUCUAUAUUUAGAAAUAUGUCAUAGCUCAUACUUUUAUUUAAAAAAUUACAGACUCAGUAAAAUGGAAAAGAACGAGCUCGAGGAAGCAACACAGACAACAAAACCUUUCAAGGUUUUUUCCAGAGACAGGGAGGCUAGGAAGGGCGUUGUUGCCUCUUCAUUUGAAGAUUUGAAAGAUGGUUGCAAAGAGAAGUUUGUACUGGAUUCAACUGCUAGGAUUACUUUUGUGCUGGAAGAAGAUGGCACAGAAAUUGACACAUCCUAUUUCAAAACGCUUCCGGCAAACACAAAACUCAUCCUACUUGUAGAUGAUGAUGUUUGGCAACCAGUUGCAGGUAGCUCUACAUCUUGCAGUGGUUCAAGCUCUGCAGACAGCACUCUUUUUUAUGAUGAUGAUGAUGAUGAUGAUGAUGAUGUAGCAAGAAACAUACUCACCAUAGACACAUGUAGAAGGUAUUUCCAUCUGAGUGAUUCCACUACAGUUUUCCCACGAGGACAACCUGGAUACGAUAAACUACAUCAUAUUCGUUCCUUUAUGACCAAUGUCCAGGCUUGCAUACGGCGCGAAUGGAACCAAGGACGAGGUGUUGCCAUUGAUGAAGCAAUGAUCGCCUACAAGGGACGCCUAGGGUUCAAGGCUUCAAGCAGUAUCUACUUGCUAAACCUGUCAAGUUUGGAAUAA